CUUCAGCCUCAACGUCAAAAGGACUCGGCGGUGCAGCGCAGCCAAACAGUGACCGAAGUUCUUGCUCCACAAUGGGACGAUCAGCCUUCUCGUCCUCGCUCCGGACCGUCGUUGACCGAGUCCCAUCGCUUCAGGCGUUCAGUCUUCGCUUUCUAAGCUGACAAACACAACGUGAAACUAUGACCGCGUGUUCCCGACAGGGCUUUUUUGUAGGCGAUGGUGAUGUGAUGUGACGCGCUGCAAGGUUUGACCUGCUUACAGCAUCUACUUACUCUUGUACUAGACACAGCACCUGCUAGAGGUGCUGUAGAUCAUUGGCAGCCUGAGGCGCCAAUAAUGGAUCGAAAGGUAAAGUCUCCUCAGGCCGCCCCUUUGUUACUAACCUGAGAGCGAUAUAAACCCAGCAGUAUCCGCUGGAUGAAGGUCAGGUCGAUAUCUCUACGGACGCAAUAUCAAUCGUCAAUCGUCUUUCUGUGUAUCAAGACUUCAAGUCAUCCUGCCGCAAAAAACAUUUCCCAAGCCCUCGUGGGAUAUCAUCCGUCAACAUGACAACCGACGAAGUUGCAAUCAUCGGCGCAGGGCUAUCUGGGCUAACCCUGGCAUUAGCCCUCCACCAACAAGGAAUCCAAUCGACAAUCUACGAGUCCAGACCUGCACCCCUCAACAUCGGCGGAGCAGUCAUGUUAUCACCGAACGCACUAAAGAUCCUCGACGCCCUAGACGUAUACCAAGACGUACGCGAGCGCGGGUACAAUUUCGAACUCCUCGAAAUGCAAACUGUAUCCGGCACCCUCAUCGAGACAUACGAGUUCGGCAGCAAAGAAAAGUACGGGUACCAAGCGAACCGGAUCUACCGGCACGAGCUCAUCGACGUGAUAUUAACCAAGACACGGCAAGCCAACAUCUCAGUCGUCUACGGCAGAAAGUACGCUCGCAUCGUCGAAGAGACAGACGACCAUGUUAUCUGGGAAUCCACGGACGGCACCCAGUCGACGGCGUCAUGGCUAGUCGGCGCAGAUGGUAUCCAUUCCUCAGUGCGCAAAUACCUCUAUCCGGACAUCACGCCCCAGUUCAUUGGCAUGGCUGGGAUCACGGCGGCCGUGCCAGCCGACCAAGUCAAAUACCACGGUGGCACUGGCAAGAUCACUCAGCCGCUCACCAUCGUCGCCGAGGACAACAAAGGUGCCUUUGUGAUUGCUCCACAGAAAGUCGAUGGCUCCGAGUUCCUUAUCGGCAAGCAGAGGCGUCUGCCGGAGCUCACGCGUGAAGGCUGGGACGAGUUCCUGGCAGAUAAGGAAGGGUUAGUCAAGUUCCUGCAAGACGACGCCGAGGCUUUUGGUGAAGUUGCCGUCACUGCCACCCAGCAUAUUCCCCAUGACAAGAUCAAUGUUUGGCCCUUUUAUGUCAUUCCAAAACUGGAUACGUGGGCUUCCUCGAAACGAAGGGUCGUUAUUCUAGGCGACAGCGCUCAUGCCAUACCGCCCAGUGCGGGACAGGGUAUCAAUCAGGCCUUUGAGGAUGUUUAUAUGUUUUCCCUCCUGCUGGCGGCGAGUCAGAAGGGCAAAGUCAGGUUCGAAGAUGCUUUGACCUUCUGGCAGGGUUAUCGGCAGGAUAGGAUCAACAGGAUUUUGGAGCUGAAUAAGCAGAUCGACCUUCGGAGAAUGCCUAAGCAUCCAGCUGCAGCCGCCGAGGGCACAGAAACAGAACAGGACCAAGUCGCGCGCCAGGAGUUUGAUUUGACUUGGCUUUAUGAGCCGGACUUUAAGGCUGAAGUAGAUGCCUGGGUGAAGGGUGCCGGUGCUACAGUGGUAUGAAGACGAGCAGAGGGGGAGCCUGUGGGGACGGGAGGCCAGUAACCCUGGCGAGAAACAUCUUCGGCCGAAGGAGAAUAAAAUGCUACUUACGAUGUGAUACGCUUUGAACGAAGAUCUCAUUAAUACACCUACCAUUAUCCCAA